UUGAAUUGUGUGACACAACACAUCCAUCAUAGGCUUUCAUUUGUGAACUACAUGUUGGGUUUUUGUACUGUAAACAUGAUUAUAUUGAAUACAUCAGUGACUAGGCAUGUCGUUUAGCUAAGUAAUAAAUCUAGAAGCUAGAAUGGCCGACUGAAUAUAUCCAUCAAAAACAAUGGUUGGAUUUGAUCCUCAUGAAAAGAUUCAUCUUUCUUCUACGGCCCAUGCUUUGGCAGGUGCAGUUAGUGGUGCAGCAUCAAGAGCUUUAACUCAGCCACUAGAUGUGAUCAAAAUUAGAUUUCAGUUGCAAGUUGAACCUUUGAACAACACACCCCAAUCAAAGUAUAAAGGACUGGUGCAAGCUUUUCAGUGCAUUAUAAAGGAAGAAGGAACUGCAGCAUUGUGGAAAGGUCACAUCCCAGCACAAAUAUUGUCUGUUGUCUAUGGAGUUGCACAGUAUUCAAGUUUUGAAAUUUUGACUAAAGGCAUUUGGCAGUACCUGCCAGAAGCACUUACUACAACUUACAGACCCAUUACUCAUACUGUGUGUGGCGGAAUAAGUGGCAGCUUGGCAACUGCUUUUAUUUUUCCAAUAGAUGUUAUUAGGACCAGAUUUGUUGCCCAAGGAGAGCCUAAACUUUACAUCAGUCUGACACAUGCUGUUACAUCAAUAAUGAGGAAGGAGGGAAUUGGGGGCUUUUAUCGUGGAUUAAUACCUUCAUUGAUUCAGAUAGGACCUCAAAUGGGCUUUCAGUUUGGGUUUUAUUCGUUAUUUACAGGACUAUGGAACAAAUCUUUGGGUAUCUUGCCCACAAGACAAGCAGAUUCUUUACUAUUUUCAGAAUCUCUUGAAGCGAUUGUAUGUGGAUCAGGAUCUGGUGCUCUCUCAAAAUUGAUGAUCUACCCUUUAGAUGUUGUAAAAAAACGUUUACAGGUUCAAGGUUUUGAAGAAGCGCGGAAGUUCUUUGGUGUGGUGCGAAAUUAUAAUGGUCUAAUUCAUUGUGUGAUACUUUCAAUUCAGGAAGAGGGUAUUCGUAGUUUAUUCAAAGGACUUUAUCCAAGUUUAUUAAAAGCAGCUUUAGUUUCUGGAAUAAACUUUUGCGUUUAUGAAAAUGUAUGCAGAUUACUUGUACUAUACAAUGCAAAAAUUGAUAGGUGAUUUUAUUUACUGGUAGACUGUAUUUUUUAAAAUGAUCUCAUUUUCUUAACAGGCUAAAUAUUUAUUUAAAUAAAAAUUUAAAUCUAAUUAAGACUGCACUUAUAAUUAAAACCAUUAGUUUUAAUUCUAAAUUACCUAAUGCUAUUUAUAAAAAAAAACUUUGUGUAUUUUCCCCAUACUUUAUCCCAGUGAAGUUUAAAUGCAUAAUUGUUUUUAUUUUUUUGUGGUGUGUGUGUGAGGUGUUAAAAAAUAGAUCUAACAUGAUUUUAAUUGAACAUUGUAAAAAAUUCACACAAGUGUGGGUCUACUUCUUAAUGUAAAAUGAUUAAAUAGUGGUGAAAAACUGGUGAUAAUGUAGUUGAUGUCAAUUUUGCUCUGUAUUUUCUCAUACUGUGCCUUUAAUCCUUUCCAACUAAGUCUUUCAUUUAUUAGAUUAUUCUUUACCUUGACAGUGCUAUAAUAAUAUAAAUAUAUAUUAUUAUUCAAUACAAGUUCUUUGGUUCAGUUGUUUUAAAUUCAUUUAAGUAAUAUUAUGUAUGUUUGGAGUCAGUGUGGUCAACCUGGUAAAGCACAUGGUUGCUAACCAGAAUUGUUCAUACCCUGUGGCAGAUGUGGCUCAUUAGUUGGUGACUGCAACCCUAGUUCACUCAUAUUUUAUGAGGUAGGAGGGUUAAAUUAAAGGAUGGCAACUCCAAUUGUUUGGGAACUGCUUUAACCAAAAUCCCAAUAAAAAUAAGAUAUGUUAGACAGGUGUAGGACAAAAGGCAGACCAAAAAAUAAUACAGCAAAAUUUGUUACAUUACUACAUAGCUCCUAUCUAGGCAACCAUAGAAGAAUGAGGCCAAGGACUGCCUGCAUGAAUGAAAUAAGUUCAAGAGGAGACUGUUAGUUGCUAUCCUUAAAAGGUGAACUAUUGGGUCCAAGCGAAUGGAGGUUUCGGGAGUGUCUUGUAAGUACAACUCUAUUGGGAAACCACGGUCACUGUCAUUCAUAGCUCUUAGCAAGGUAAGUCAACCAUCUAAAAACAGUCAAAAGCUGAACAGUAGAC